CUUUUGUCUACUGAAUAGAUAUGAAUCUUGUGAAAAGUGGGAGUGUAGUAUCUGUCCUAGUUGGUUCAGUUCUCCUGGUUCCUCUUCUUUUGCUCGCAUAUUCUCAGUGUAUAUGGAUUAUACAGAUUAUUCGUUUGAUUCAACAGCAUUGGGUGAUAUCUUCGUUCCUCUGUUUAUCUAUCUAUCUGGUUCAUUGGCUGUUCUUGGUGCCACUGGAUUUAAAUAAAAAGGUAGAAGAUGUUGGAUGGAAAUAUUUACCCAGUGGUAAACUGAAAGCUCAAGAAGUAAACAGAAUUCGGAAAUACAGAGAGAUUGGUGAUACACCCCCCUCCUAUCCUAAUGGCUGGUUUGGUAUAGUUGAAUCAAGAAAUCUUAACAGGGGACAAGUUCUUCACGUCGUAGCUCUUGGAUGUAAUUUUGCUGUGUAUCGUGGUAUGAGCGGUAAAGCCUAUAUAUCUGAUGCUUAUUGUCCUCAUCUGGGCGCUAAUCUAGCAGUUGGGGGACGUGUUCGUGAGGAUUGCAUUCAGUGCCCUUAUCAUAAUUGGACUUUUAAGGGUGAGACUGGGGAAUGUACUAGUAUAUCCUACUCUAAAGGAAGUAUACCUAAAAACUCUAAGCUAAAGACCUAUAAAACUGUUGAGAGAAACGGAUUCAUCUACGUCUGGUUUCAUGCAGAUCAAGAGUUACCUGAUUGGACCCCUCCUGAAGAAGCAAAGGUCUCUGAGUAUGCAUACAGGGGGAGGACAGAGUACUAUGUAAACUGUAAUGCCCAGGAUAUGUCUGAAAACCCUGCUGACAAUGGGCAUCUCAAUUUUGUUCACGACACAGCUGUUUUUGCUGGAGGCGAACCCUCUCAAAUUAUUGAGGACUGGCUAGCAGGAGUAGCUAAGCAUGAGUUAGCAGCAGCUUGGAGACAAGGCAAGCUGAAGCAUACAGCAGUAUCUACUAUAGUUGUCAAUAUGGACCUCUUUAAAGGAUCAGGAAUGCUCAAAUCUCUCACUAAAGUUGUUCUCAUUCUUAAACAAAUAGGACCGUCGUGUGUACAUAUCGACAUAGAGACAGCCUUCGGCAAGGGAAUUAUGAUAAUCCAAAACAUUCCUGUAGAACCAAUGCUUCAAAAGGUUGUACAUACUAUGUACACAGAAAGAAAAUGGAUUCAACCUUUAGCUAAACUAUUUCUAUAUUUAGAAUCCCUACAAAUGGAAAGGGAUAUAAGAAUCUGGAAUAGUAAGAAGUAUCUCUCUAACCCUGUGCUAGUUAAAGAAGACAGCUCUUUACUACAUCACAGGAGAUGGUUUUCACAGUUUUACUCUGAAGGAAGUUACCGCCAGAAAAAUCCGGGAAACCUGGAUUGGUAGUUCAAAAUGUACACUGAACACUGUGCUGUACACUUUCUUCCAUUGUUCAAAUAAGAAUAUUUAUCUUUUUUAUAUGUGUUGUUUUCCGUUUAAAAUUCAUUCUGAAAUAUAUCUUUAUAUUAGUUUAA